ACUUGGGGCGCAGCAGAGCCCAGCGUCACUCGUGCCUGGACUCUGGUUGAGCGCAGUCGCGAAACUUGGAGCCGCGAACGAGGCUUUGUUUGUGCCGUGCUGUGGGGCUGCUGGCAGCAGUUCCUGGUGCCCAGCCCUCAGCAUCGCCAGCGUUUCCCCGGCCCUGUCUUGUUCAGGCAGCCGGGGCCCCGUGGGGUGCGCUCGCAGCAGCGGAGUUUGUGACAGCUCCUGCCCGCUGCAGCGCCAGUGAGGGGAGCAGCUUUCACUUCUCAGCUCUCCCCAGCCCACCGCACAGCCCAGGGCCAUGGAGCUGCCCUCGGACUGGGCCUGCCCCGUCUGUGGGCAGAGCCGGCACGAUGCAGCGUAUGUGACACCGUGCCUGCACCAGCUCUGCUUGGGCUGUGCGCUGCGGUGGGCGAAGCAGCAGCCCACCUGUGCUGUGUGUAAGAAAAACAUUGAGACCAUCCGGUACUCGGUGUGGGCAGAGGACGAUUACCUCGAGUGCCCCAUCCCACAGCCCGCAGAGCACUCUGAGGACGACCAGGAGGAUGAGGAGGGCUCUGCACAGCCGCAGCUCGUGGCUCCUGAGCAGGGCUUCCGACCUGAGGUCUGGGCAGAUUUCUUCCGUGGAAAUCCAGGAGACCUCGAACCACUGCUCCAGUGGCUCCAGCAGGAGCUGGAGAGGAUCACUGGUGACGAGUGGUGGGAGGUGCUUUCAGCACGGAGCGCUGUUAUGCACCUCCUGUGCACAUAUGGGCUCGACGAGGAUGCCCUAUUCCUGUCGCUGGAGGCACAUCUGGCAGACGACACGGAGGAGUUUGUGACAGGGCUCAUCACCACCGUUACAGCCCUGUACGGCCCAGAGCUCCGGCGGCAGCAGGACAGCCAGGCUGCUCGUGAAGCAGGAGGGCAGGACAGCCCCGCGGCCACCCCCAGCCCUGCCACCUCCCAGCAGGAGCCUCCUGCCUCUGGCCUGGGCCGCUCCGCCAGCCCUGCAGGCCCCAGCGCUGAGCAGCUCCCCGGCGUCCCUCAUGGGGGGCCCGAGCCUCAGUCCCCUGUCCCCGUGUCCCCGGAGGAGCCGCAGGAGGAGCCGGGGCAGGCGGAGGCAGCGGGCCCCUCCACCCAGGGCACGGAUCGCUCGCCUGGGGGGACCCGGCGCCCCCCGAAGAGGAGGGCCAGCAGCUGCCACCCGGACUUGCCCCCGUCCCCCAAGAGGCGGCGCUAGGCCGGCACCCACUGCGGUGCUGAGCACGGCUCUGGGGCUGGGAGGCCAACUGCGAUCUUGGUCCACUUUUAGAGACAAUGAAACAUAAAAUAAAGGAAAAGACUUUGUGUUAUUGAUGACAUUGUUGCAGUUGCUGUCCCUAUGCAUGCAGGUUUCUCCCUCUCCUGGCCCUGGGGGGCCACAGAAUCAUAAAUUUAUUUCCACAAUCAGAAACCAAGAGAGCAUAAUCCAGUUAGGGCAUCACACUGAGAUGGAUGAAUGGAAUCAGUAUUUGCUUCGACAUGAACCACGCUUCCCUCUCGAUUUGCUUUUUAAUAUGUUCCAAACACAUACUGUAUAGGACAUAUUCUUCUACGAUCUCAUAUUUGUCCUAAAAAUGCAGUGAUUGAUACCAUCAUGCCUACUUCUUCAGUCCUCAUGGUACUGUGAUAUAACAGUGUUUUCUAAUGUUUGCACCAUAACAGCUGUACUUUUGAACCAGUAUCAGGCCAACAAGCAGAAAGAGCGGAGCUUAAGAAAAAACAUUAUGCACUGCCUUUUGUGAAGGUAUUUUUAAGUAUCCCAAAGGCAAAACUGACAACCCCCUCCCCCAGACGUCAACAUGGACUUU